CACGCGGAACUCUUUUGACGAAGAAGACAAUGGUUGUCUUAAGAGAGGAUUUGGACUUUAUCUUCAUAGGCAAAUUCCGGUUUAAAUCAGACCUCCUAAUCCGGCUAGGCUCCUUGCCAUGUCUCCACCCUCUUCUCGGACCCCAAUCAACCCAUGGCCCUCGACAUUGUUGCAUUCUAUUAUUGUGAAUACCUGGAUUCACAUCAUCCUCUCCUUCUUUGUGAAAGGAUUUGUCCUCAAAUUCGGUUCUUCGAUCCUUCUUUGGGACACCCGGAUUCACAUCAGAUAGAAUGGGAAGAAAUGCGAUUACCGGAAACGGUGGAUCGGAGGCAGAAGCUGCGCUGAUAAACGACGCCGUCAGCGGCGCCGAAGACUUCAGAGGCCGACCGGCGUCCCGUUCGAGAACCGGCAGCUGGAAAUCCGCCUCUUUCAUCAUAGGUAUUGAGGUGGCGGAGAGAUUUGCGUAUUACGGAAUAAGCUCGAAUUUGAUCAGCUAUUUGACGGGGCAGCUGGGGCAGUCGACGGCGGCGGCGGCGGAGAACGUCAACGCGUGGAAUGGCACAGCGUUGCUUCUUCCGAUUUUGGGAGCUUUCGUCGCCGAUUCGUUUUUCGGCCGAUUUCGCACCAUUGUCAUCGCCUCUGUGCUUUAUGUAGUGAGUAUUGGCCUCUUGUCUAUGUCAGCUGCAUUUCACUCGUCCAACUCUCCUUCGUUGCUCGAGGUCGUCUUCUUCUUCUUCUCCUUGUACUUAGUCGCAGUCGCGCAGGGCGGGCAUAAGCCCUGCGUGCAAGCGUUCGGAGCCGAUCAGUUCGACGAUGAAGACGAGCACGAGCUCCGUGCAAAGAGCUCCUUCUUCAAUUGGUGGUACUUUUUCAUGAACAUAGGUGUCUUGGCAGCUCUCUCUGUUUUGAGCUAUGUUCAAGAGAAUCUGAGUUGGGAACUUGGCUUCGGAAUCCCCUGUUUCUCGAUGUGCUUUGCGCUAGCUGUGUUCUUGUUAGGAUCCAUGACUUACCGCUUUCGCCUGAGCGGGGACGAGAGGAACCCGUUCCUCAAGAUCGGCCGGGUGUUUGUUCAGGCGGCGAGGAACCGAAAAGCUUCCCUUUCCGGGGUGGAAGAGGAAGCUCGCGGUGUAUUGCCUCGUGAAGGCGCCAAAUUUAAAUUUCUUUACAAGGCAACCCUAGGGCCUCCGGACAAGGACGGAAACGUAAGCACCGCGGCCGACGUCGAGGCCGCCAUUGGAAUCCUCGGUCUCGUCCCGAUCUGGUGCACGUGUCUUGGAUAUGCCGUCGUUUCGUCACAAGCCACAACCAUGUUCACGAAACAGGGUGCCACACUGGACCGUCACCUCACUCCCGCCUUUGAAAUCCCAGCCGCCUCCCUUCUAUCCCUCAUCUCCGUCUCUAUUCUCGCCUUCGUCCCAAUAUACGAGCGGAUCAUAGUUCCAACCACUCGGUCCCUAACCAAGAAACCGGCCGGAAUAUCAAUGCUGCAGCGAAUUGGCAUCGGCAUAUUCCUCUCUUUGAUGACCUCGGUCGUUGCGGCCGUAAUUGAGGGGCGCCGCCUCGCCAUUGCAGCCGAGCACGGGCUGCUCGACAAGCCAGAGGAGACUGUUCCCAUGAACGUGUGGUGGCUGGCGCCGCAGUACAUCCUGCUUGGCGUCGCCGAUGUUUUCGCAAUGAUUGGUUUGCAAGAAUUCUUCUAUGAUCAAGUUCUUCAUGAGUUUAAGAGCUCAGGGCUUGCUCUUUACCUUAGUAUCUUUGGUAUAGGGAACUUUUUGAGUAGUUUUUUAAUAUCGUUGAUCGAGUUUCUCACUGACCGAGCUGGGUCCAGAAGCUGGUUCUCGAAUAACCUGAACCGGGCCCACCUCGACUACUUCUAUUGGCUCCUUGGAGGGAUUAACGCCGCCACUUUGGCGGCGUUUGUUUGCUCCGCCAAGUGUUAUGCAUACAAGAGGAGAGACUAGCUAGAUAGAGUUACUAAACUCGACUAAGGCCUGUUUAUUUUUCUUGUACAUGUAAUUUUAUUUGAAAAGUGCAUAAUCAUAAAAAUUGAAGUCUAAA